UGUAAGUGAUUGCAGCAUGGUAUAGGACUAAAUGGCAGGGGGCAGAAGAGUUGCAUGCCUUGCUGGGGUGUGUGUCUGUAUCUACCUGCUUUCACUCUGCAGGCUGUACUGUUUGUGCCAUCUAGAGAUCUUCGUGAGUUCACUGCAGCUGUCUGAUGCAUCAGCUUUCCUCUAUGCAAAGUGAUAUUUUGUAGGCACUGUUACCUGCCUCUUCCCCGUUUCGGGGACGUCCGAAUAAAUAUUUUGACCUGGUUUGGAGGUAUUUUGUGCUCUUUCAGUAUUCUUGAAAAAAAAAAGAUAAUAUAAAAAAGCAAGUUUACUGGAAUAAGCGACCGAAAGAGGCGGAGGUGAAGACUACCGGCUGGGUUGCAGUUUUGUUCUGUAAAUGUGCCGGAAUUUGUCUACUUGGAGCUUCAUUUCUUUUCGACUCUGUUGGAGAGGAAAGUAUCCGCGUGCGAUGCCAUAAAGCGUCUGCGGCAGUGCGGGUCUCCAGCAGCCGGGGAAGGAAGGAAGGGAGGAAGGGAGGAAGGGUGCGCCUUCGCGGUCCGCUUCUGCACGCCGCCUUUAGGAAUCAGAAGAGGAUGCCCUGGAUCCAUACUGGAGUAAAAACUGUACCGCAAGAUCGAAGAGCCCGGUGCAAUACUAUGGAUAUGUGUCCGUUUAUCAAGAUGGUGAAGGAAUGAACCAAUGAGGUGGAGUAAUUCAACAGCACACGACUGGAAGAUAAGUGACCUUGCACCACCCACCAGCAAGGGAAAGGAUUUCCUAUAGACAGCUGGGACACGGGGAGAAAGCAGCAGCUGGUUCCCGCACAUGAUCUACCAUGGACAAACUGCUGCACAGUCUCCUGCUCCUGGGUACAGUAGUCACGACGGCCCGCGCUUGCCCCAAGUACUGUGUCUGCCAGAAUCUCUCCGAGUCCCUGGGCACCCUGUGCCCGUCCAAGGGGCUGCUCUUUGUGCCACUGGACAUCGACCGGCGGACCGUGGAACUCCGGCUGGGGGGCAACUUCAUCAUCAAAGUGACCCAGCAGGACUUCGCUAACAUGUCGGGCCUGGUGGACCUGACACUGUCACGCAACACCAUCAGCUCCAUCCAGGCAUUCUCCUUCGCCGACCUGGAGACGCUGCGCUCGCUGCACCUGGACAGCAACCGGCUGACUGAGAUCGGGCCUGAUGACCUGCGUGGCCUGCUCAACCUGCAGCACCUCAUCCUCAACAACAACCAGCUCAGCCGCAUCUCCAACGAGGCCUUUGACGACCUCAUGCUCACGCUCGAGGAUCUGGACCUGUCCUACAACAACUUGCAGACCAUGCCGUGGGACGCCAUUCGCAAGAUGGUCAACCUUCACCAGCUCAGCCUCGACCACAACCUCAUUGACCACAUCACUGAGGGCACAUUCACCGACCUAGACAAGCUGGCACGCCUCGACCUCACGUCCAACCGGCUCCAGAAGCUGCCGCCAGACCCCAUUUUCGCCCGUUCCCAGAGCAGCGUAGUCCUGGCCACACCCUACACACCCAUGCUGUCAUUGAGCUUCGGGGGAAACCCCCUGCACUGUAACUGUGAGGUCCUGUGGUUGCGUCGGCUUGAGCGGGAGGAUGACAUGGAGACCUGCGCUUCCCCUCCCAACCUGAAGGGGCGCUACUUCUGGUAUGUCAGGGAGGAGGAGUUCAUAUGCGAGCCGCCUCUCAUCACCCAGCACACACACAAGCUCCUCGUGCUGGAGGGCCAGACCGCGAGUCUGAGGUGUAAGGCUGUCGGAGACCCCAUGCCGGUCAUCCACUGGGUAACCCCCGAUGACCGGCUCAUCAGCAACUCCUCACGGGCGACAGUGUAUGAGAAUGGAACGCUGGACAUCUUGAUCACUACAUCAAAGGACUAUGGCACCUUCACCUGCAUCGCGGCAAACGCAGCUGGGGAGGCCACCGCCUCCGUCGAGCUGUCCAUCAUCCAACUCCCGCAUCUCAGCAACGGAACUGGCCGCACCUCCCAGCCCAAGUCCCGGCUCUCCGACAUCACCAGCUCUACCAAGACCAGCAAGGGAGAGACCAAGACCGUACCUGAGAAGGCCGUCUCCGCAUCAGAGGUCACUGCCGUCUCCGCACUCAUCAAGUGGUCAGUCAGCAAGGCGGCACCCAAAGUGAAGAUGUACCAGCUUCAGUAUAACUGCUCCGACGAUGAGGUGCUCAUCUACAGGAUGAUCCCGGUGACAAGCAAGGCCUUCCUGGUGACCAACCUGGUGUCUGGGACGCAAUACGACCUGUGUGUGCUGGCCAUCUGGGACGACACAGCCACCACCCUCACAGCCACUAACGUGAUGGGCUGCGUGCAGUUCAUCACCCGGGAGGACUACCCGCGCUGCCAGUCACUGCAUGGCCAGUUCCUGGGUGGCACCAUGAUCCUGGCCAUAGGGGGCGUCAUCGUGGCCACACUGUUAGUGUUCAUCGUCAUUCUCAUGGUGCGUUACAAGCUGUGCAGUGGGGGACGCUCUGGCAAGCUGCCCAGCGUCAGCACCAGCUGCUCGCAGACCAACGGGGGCUCUGCCGGCGGCGGCCGCAACGGCCUGCCACCCCCCCCCAAGCCCCGAGUGGUGGUCCGCGAUGAGCUCAUGGAGUUCAAAUGUGGCUCGUUGCAGAGUAGCCGGUCCUCCUCGUCCGGGUCGCUGGGCAGUCAGGAGGGAAAUAUGGGUGGCCUGCAAGGGGAUGACGGCGCCCCCUCUCGCAAGUGGAGAACGGCGCCGUCCAAGGCCCGACCCAACCUGGACCACCUGCUGGGUGCCUUUGCCUCACUGGAGCUCCAGGGCCAGGGCAGGGACCCAGGGCCCUCAGGCACGGCGCCCACUGCCAGUCCGCGGCUGUCGGACAAGGAGCCCCUUCUGGGCCGUGUGGACUCCAAGCUGAGCCGGCUGCUCACGCUGCCCCUAGAGGCCAAACCCAAAAGGAGCCACUCCUUCGACAUGGGCGAGUUCACCACCACGCAGUUCUGCAGCUACCCCAGGCGGAUUGGCAACAUCUGGACUAAACGGAGCCUCUCUGUGAACGGCAUGCUUCUGCAGUACGACGAGGGGGGUGCGGACGGGGGCAAGGUCACCUUCGAGAGCUCCGAAUGGGUCAUGGAGAGUACCGUCUAAGGCCCCGCGGCCUGCGGCUGGGUGGCACCGGAAGACGGAACUAAAAGCGCUGGUCAGACAGGGCCACCUCACUCUUGUUCUGCAUGAAGUUCAUAGGUGUGAAUACUGUCGUCUUUCUGUCAUGUGGAAAAAAAAAAUUAAACACCUGCCCGAAGUUAGCUAGCUGGCUACAUGUGGGCGUUCAGAAAAGUAUCCGGAUAUGUGGUUUACGGGGUGAUCACAAUGACAGGAAGGGAUAUGAGAAUAUCACACAAAAUUACAGAAACAAAUAUAUUCCUUUCGUUAAGGAAAGGAUGGUGGAUAACAAGAAUAAUGUGACUCGGGAGUUGUGGAAAGACUUCCAAUAAAAAUAGAAAGGAAGCCAUCAGAAAGGUGCCAGUAUGUCAGCUGACCAGCGGAAGAACAUACCGGAAGCUCCGAGCGGAUUUGUCUCCAUGUCCGUGGGGAAGUGUGACAUGAGGCCGGGAUUGUCCCCCAUGAUCGGGGAAACACUUUUCACAUCUUCGCACCCAAGGAGACUCGGCCCUUAGGGGCGAUAUUUUAAAAUACAAAUUGCGUGUAAUGAAUUACAUUUUUUUUAUUUUUUUAUUUCAGAGGUCAAUUGUACAUUCGUUUAGAGAUUAUUAUUGUAGAAAUAAUCAGCUUUUUUGCAAAACAAAACAGGAAGUGGAGUUUGUACCAUUCCUCCCUCUCCCGUUCUGUGUUUCACACAUACAUUUCUCCAUACACCACAUAAUACAUUUACAUUUUAUUCUAUUUGUCUUCCCAUAAUACUCUUCCAUUUAUCAGUCAUUCAAUAACAUCUCUGUACUAUAAUUCACUGUAACCACAUUUGUUCAGCCUAAAAUGAAAAGUUUUAUUUUCCAAACCACUGACUACACAGCGUUAGUCCCUCCUCCUGCAGAACUCGCUUCUUUGUAAUGUGAAGCGAUGCUAUUGGAUGUGCAUGGAUUAAGUCGCUGGUCAUUGUCACAGAAACAAAUAGGAGCGGUGAGCUGAGGUCCCCCACUGCUAAAAAGAAAGAUUUCCCAGCCACUGCACGCUGUUUCGUUCGCGUCUUAUUUAAAGCCAGUGGUUUUAGUAAAAAAAAAAAAAGUGCCGAAAUCAGUCCUCAGCUGUCCAUGUCCAUUAAGAGACAAAGAGAAGGGGGGGGGGCAUUUAUGGAAUUAUUAGACACAAAAAUGUCUUUCCAAAUUAUCACCAAAUUAAAUAUUACAUUUAAAAUAUCAUUAUUUUUAAAAUUAUACUGAUCACAACUGUGCUCAUUACUCUGACCAAGAUAAGUGUUUGGUUAAGAUGGCUGGAUCAAUGGACGUUCAUUCUAAAGGUCAAACACUACAAAACGCAGGUCUUUUUGGUCAAAAAUCAUGCAUUGUUAUUUGAUUUCACAUCGAUUCAUUUCUAUAUUCGAUUCUGGCUUUCAAUUCCAAGUUACAAGGUCACUCCAAGGUUACUCCAAGGUCACUCCACGGUUACUCCAAGGUCACUCCACGGUUACUCCAAGGUCCUUCCAAGGUAAUUUGUUGAUUGCGCGGCUUAGUUCCGCGUCCUCUCUGA